AUGCUAUACUACGGUGACAUGGAUGCGAUAUGCAACCCGAUUCUGGGCCUACGGUUUUCCUUACAAAUAUUUGAAACAAUCCCAGACUACCAAGCCUACUACCUAGCAAAUCGCGUCGCGGGAAAAUGGCUGCAGAAUUCCGGAUGUAGAUUUGCUACGCAUGCCGGCCACAAUGUUGGACGGGACAGGCCGGAAGUGCUGCAACAUCUCUUUGAAAAAUUUAUUGCAGGCAAAGCUCCGGGUGAA